CAGCAGCGCUCCUGAACCAUCCGCUACUACUGCACCAGGUGAAUAAUAUCUCUACAUCAACACGGGACCAGAACACAAGGCAAAGCUCCUUUUGCCUUUUUUUUUUUUAAACAUUUGUCGAUUUUUUUUUAUUUGUAACUUUUCCCUGGUCUGAUUGGUCUCGCUCGAGCGGCUGACACUCAGAAGUAAACAGAGAAAAAAGGAGAUCGAGGAACAGGUGUCAGAGUCACAGACGGCAGAAAAAAAUGGGAAGAAAGAAAAUACAAAUUUCUCGUAUUCUGGACCAGAGGAACAGACAGGUGACCUUCACCAAGCGCAAGUUUGGACUGAUGAAGAAGGCGUAUGAGCUGAGCGUGUUGUGUGACUGUGAGAUCGCCCUCAUCAUCUUCAACAGCACCAACCGCCUGUUCCAGUACGCUAGCACAGACAUGGACAAAGUGCUGCUCAAGUACACAGAGUACAGCGAGCCGCAUGAGAGUCGCACCAACACAGACAUACUGGAGACCCUGCGUAGGAAAGGUCUCGGUCUCGACAGCUCAGAGCUCGACAGUGAGGAGAGCAUGCAGGUGGCUGCAGACAAAUAUCCUCUCAGCGAGGGCAUGGAUCUCUCUGUGGCACGCCAGCGCUUCUAUGCUCCGUCGCUGCUCUCACCGGAGGCCCAGUUCCUGGUGUCUGCGGGCUGUGAAAACGGCUUUCCCAACUCUGGAUCCAGCAUGGCACCCCACAGACCCCCAGGCUUUAAAGCUAUUAGCUCCAGACCCGGCUCCUCUAGCCCUGCUACGCCACACGCACAUAGUGCAUUCAUGUCGCCACACUCAGGUAUCGGCUACUCUGUCUUCUCCCACGGCAACCUGAAUCGAGCUCUGGACAUGAAAAGCCCUCCUCCUCUGAACCCGGGCAGUGAGAACCUGCGGGGAGAUGCUGCUAAUCAGGCCAUGGCUGCCACACGUGCUAACCACAGCUCUGCUAGGGGUCUCUUGUACCAGGGCCUGCACAGCGGCAGCUCCAUGGUAGCCAUGGGCAAGGCUGGGCUGCUGGGCCACAGUUUGGGAGGCUACGGCCUUCCCUCCUCCGGGGCUUCUGAGUACAGCCAACCUGGUUUUUAUCACUCUGUUAGUCUACAGCGAGGAGCAGUGAACCCCUGGCAAACAGCACAGCCGCCUCAGGAGCCCCAUGGGCCUCAUAUAAGCCCAGGGAUGUCCAGCGGAGGGUGCUCCUUCCCCUCUCAGUCAUGCUCUUCAACCUCUCCACAUCUGCCCUCCCUCAACCUCAGCAUCAAAUCAGAGCGUAGCUCUCCUGAGCACAUGUCCUCACCCACAUCCCCUCCUCUACACCAUCUCAGGCAGCACUCUCCAAUGAGUGACCCCGGUUCUGCUCGCCACAGCCCUCCAGAAACCCGGCCGGCCAAUGAGACAAAGGAAUUUCCCAAAGCUGGCUACCCACAGGACGAAGAGGAAGGAGGGCAGCCGCUCAGGCAGUUAGAGAUGAGUGACGGCUGGCAGAGAUAGCUGGCUGCUGCAUCUCCCAUUCAAUCAGCUAUCUUCCAUCACAACCAGCGCUCUGUUACACACACACAGACACACACACACACACACACACACACACACACUCACACACGUAUAACACAGAAGAUAGCAGGAUGGGGUCGAUUUGUCCCCAUCAUCCCUCUCUUUGUCUCCUCACACAGAGCUGGUCUCUCCCAGGCAAAUUUUUCUCUGCAUCACUUGAUUGAUCCCAUGAGGAGACAGAUGCAUACAGACAUUUGCUUUUUGUUUGGUUAGGUUUAGUUUUCUGUAUUGAGAUAAUGUGAAUCAAAAAAAACAAAAAAAAAAACAACAAAAAAAACCAAUUUGUUUGUUUUGUUCAGUGACUUUGUUGAAGUUAGCUACAGCAGCAGCACAGUGGGACCAACUGAAUUUCUCCAAAAGUGUAAAACAUGUCUACGUCACAUAUUUAUCAUAUAUCACAGCGGCCUUCAGUGUUUGGUGUGAAAAUUGGAAAAUAGCUAUAAAAUUACACUCUACUGUCUUUGUAUAAAUGUUACAGUGCAAAGCAGAUGGGAAUGGAGGAUGACUGUUUACGCCAGCCAGAACAAACCACUGAGUCUCUGUGUACAGCAAACCUCUACACCUUGUGUCCCUGUUGUUAUAUAAGCUUAAAUGUUUUAGCCUUUAGCCUAAAAUCAGUGACAUGGUCUCCCCACUCAAAACCAGUUAGACAUCAAACAUCAGUGGAGCCUUGGCCUUGUCUGAAAUAGUGAAAUGUGCCUGGACACGAGGACAUCUUAAAGGAAAGGUGCAUUUAUUUAUUUUUUGUUUGUUUGUUUGUCUUAAAACAAUACUGAUACAGCUCAUGUGUGCUCUGAAAUUGUUCUUGGUGAACACAAUUGGUCCUGUUGUCUGUAUAGGCCAUGAAAAGAUCUCUUCAUAAUGCAAUCCUAAUUUAAGAAAUGAAGGAUUCAUUCAUUCUGCACUAAAAUGCACUCUAAAAUUCAGGCUUUAAUUCAACUCCCUCUUUGUGUUUGCUGAGACAGAGGGAUAAUCAAGUCAAGCUUAUUUGUAGAGCAUAUCUCUCACAGAGGAAAGUGUCUUACAAUGUAAUACAAUGAGAAUUUUGUACUAAAAAUACUGUGUAGAAUGCAUUUCGAUAUAAAAUGAGGACUGUCCUUAUUGUCCCCUGUAAGAUCUCUUCUGAUUAGACAGGAGGAACAAGUCCAGUGGCCAAAAACUGCUUCAGUGUACAUAUGGAUGUGUGGGUAUAGACUUGAAAAAAAAAAAAAAAAGUGAACUUAUCCUUUAAAAUCUGUUCGUCUCCUUCGGAAGUUUAAAAAACAAAUUUCUUCCCAUGUUUGUGGAAAAACUAAAUUUUAGUUUCAUCUUUGUCAAUAACAAUAUUUAUGACAAUCUGCUUCAAAUAAAGACCAAAGUGUUUGAAUAUUGUCGCUAUGCAUUACAAUCAACUAUUGCAACACAUAGAGAUGUACUGUACUAUUUGUCUAUAAUUGACCAUAGCAGAUUAAUUUUGUAAGUGCAUACUGAUAUUUAGAAAUAUAUGAGACACUGUGUAAUGAAUGAGUAUAAUUAUUCAUAGAAUAUUUCAUUUAAAAACUCAGAAAUGACAUUUUUUAUUGAAGAAUAUUUGAUUUUCAUUAUUUGUGUACGUUUAUUUUGCACUGUAUUUUUGUGCACUGUACAUCAGUGUGUUUUAGAUCGGCAUAUCCAACUUUUGUUCUGCGAACGACAAACUAUCCUCUGACUCUUGGUUGGAAUGAAUUUACACUUAUUGUCCACAAGGGGUCAUCUUCUUUUACAAUAUUUGGAUCUGAAUGAGAAGUUGCCGAGCAGAGAGGACCAGCCUUAACUAUUAGUGAUUAAUUAUCUAAUGAAUCUCUAUGAGUGGACCCAGGUUCAGUGGUUCACCCUGAAGACGUUUAAGAAAUACACAAGGACAAACUCUGCAGAGAUUCAGUGAGCCAGCUGGUAAAGGGUUUCAAGUUCAAGUGCUGCUGUGGAUCUAGCUCCUUUUUUUUAAUGCAGUUAUGUGGAUUAAUAUCAGCAUGAAAAACCAAGUUAUCAGUAUUCUGAUGUUUUGGAUUUAGGUUUUAUAUGUUUGCUGAAUGCUUCACUAACAGAACAAGAGACUGAUUUUUAUUUGACAUUUGUUGUGAUUCCUUUUAAAUAAAAAAAGGUUUGAUUUUUA